GAGUAUGAUUGUUGUAAAGCAAUUCGGGUUCUGACUUGAAUUGUUGAUAAGCACAACAAUGGCUUCAGCUUCCGGGGAAGGAAAUCUUGUUGCUGAGGACCCUGUUGCGGGGGAUCAAGAGCUCCAGGAAGCUAGCAAGUCUGUUGCAAGUAACAUAUCUAGUGCUUACCAUAGCAGUGUGAGUGUGAGGGAUGGUGCCAAGGUACCUCUGAAUCCCUUUGAACAAAAAGAUUUUCAAGAUACUUUGAUUGCUUUGAAAGAAUUUAACGACAAGGAUGAGGACUUAAGAAAGAUAUUUGAGGAGAUUCAUGAGCACGUGGAAAUGAUGUUCCGACUUUGGGAAGAAAGUGAAUAUGAUGAGUGCCUAAAGGCAACUAUGUCUCUGGAAAGGAAAAUAAUGGACAAAUUUCAGUCCUGGACAGGAGAGGCGAAAGAGUGGAAGAUUCUGAAAGAGUUUGCUGCCUCAUUGUCAAAAAAAACUGCAGCGGUACAGACUGUUAGCUCUCAAAGUAAAGAAGAGUAUGAGUAUUAUUCUCUGAUUGAGAAUGAGAUAAGCUGUGAUUGUGGUGGUAUUUCAUUCGAGGAAGUGUAUGGCCUUGAUUCAAGUAUAGAAUACCUCAAGGAGAGAAUAGUUAUUCCAUCUCGGUUUCCUGUAUUAUUCCGAAACACUUACAGGCGGCUUGGAUGUUUCUUAAUGUACGGCCACCCAGGUACUGGAAAAACCCUCUUGCUCAAAGCAACUGCCAACGAAGCUAAAAUCAACUUGUUUGUCUUCAAUCUACAUAUGUUGGGAUCGGUUUUACACAGAGAUCCGAGGAAGUGUCUACAAACUGUGUUUGAAGUUGCUAGAGAUUAUUCGCCGUCCAUUCUUUGUCUUGAAGAUGUAGAUGCUGUGUAUCAAGACUGGACAUAUCUAAAAGAGUUGCUUUGUCAGAUUGAUAAGCGUCCUGGUGAUAAACGUGUCUUCAUUGUUGCCACCACUCAGAAACCUUGGAAACUGAACUGUUCCCUUCGAAGACGAUUAAUAAAUAGGAUGUAUGUGAAUCCCUUGACUUUGAAUGAGAGAGUUGACUUUCUAAUUUCAUCUAUGAAAUCAAUGAAGACGCACUAUUGUCUUUAUCAGGACACUCAGGAUGUUGCCAGAAGGACAGAAGGUUUUACAGGCAGUGAUUUAUUAAGUCUGGUGCGUGAUGCAGAGAUGCAUGUUGUCAAAAUGGUUAUGGAGUCUCAGUAUUUCAAGAAAGUGGCUGUGGCUGUGACCACAUAUUGUCCAGAGGAAUUCAAGGAAGAGCAAGCAUCAGUGUCUGAUAAGUCACAGCAAGCAGCAAUGGAAAAUGAAAAGAUUUUUGCAGAUGAAACCAGCAUGACCAAAGAUCGUCUUGAAGAGCGCUUCAUGGCGUGCGAUUCGAAAGACGAGGAUGCGAUUAGGAUGAACUGGAUUGAAAUACCGGAAGGGAAACUUUUCAUUCACCAUGAAAUGCCUGAAGAAGCGAUGAUUGCUGCUUUGUCUGAUGCAUGUUCCUCUCUAAACGAUGAGGAUGUUGCAAAAAUGCAAGAGUUUGUGGAUAAUUAUCAGUAGACUCUGCUUAUAAACACACUGUAUAAAUACAUUGCUCAUUUUAGUGGAUGCCUUUUGUCACAUCUCAGAUUUGUUAUUCUACAACUUUCAGGUCUUUCUGCAACUAGUCCUUUGAUAGUUAAUUCAGGAUGAAUCGGGAAACUAGCAGUGGUCUGGAAGUCACAUAAUGCAUUGAGGGCUAGUCUGGAAAGCCUAAUAUUUGCCCAAACAGACAUAUACUGUAUAACACGGAUAGCUCGAACUCGUCGGGACCGGCCUCGGUAGUUAGAGGGAUCCGUAGUCAGAGGUGUGCGUGAACAGUGUUAUGGCAUUGACUGUGUCAGAGAAUCAAGAGGAGCGACAAAGAUUGCUACUUAAGGGGCAACACCAUGAUGAGCAAUGCUUUCGAGUUCGAUGGAUAAUGAGCCUACCGGUACCUAGACAGUUUAAUUGAGCGGGUCAGUUUGAACUGUCUUUAGUCUACACCAAUCGAACGGUGCCUUUUCAAAAUUUUCAAAACAUACACAAUUUGAUAGCUUAAGCAUAUUGCAACAGUAAUCAACAGCACGAUGACGAUACAAUGCAGCCUUACCCCGCUUCUCCCACCAAGCGCGCAGUCCUUUGUGAAGAGGGAUGGGGCGGUUGAUCGUUUGAUGCACAACCCUUCCUCUCGCCGGUUCCUCACAAGCCUAAAGCCUAAACUAGGUCUAUGACAGAGAGCACGCAUGUCGAGCAGCGCGCAAAAAAAAAAAGCACAGCUAGCUGCUUCUGUGGAAGGGGGGGGGGGGGGAGGGGGUAUUUUACCAACCUUGCUUUUUUUCCGUGUAAAAAAAUUAUUUUGUCUCAAGUGCACCUCAAAGGACAUUGACUUUAGACCUCUACGGCAGUGUAAUUCGUUAGACUACUCCGUGUUUGUGUUCGAGCUUUGCGUAAUUUUCUUACAAAGAUAAAGAAGAAGAAAAAAUGGGACCGCAGAAACAGUUUGACGGAUGCAUGAUUUCGAGUAAUCUGUGUUCUACCAGGGUUAUACUGUAUGUGAGUCAUCGUGGUGAAAUUAGGCGCUCGUCAAAAUACUGAAUCGAAGAUAUCGUCAUUUUUACUGUCAGUUUGGCUAUUUUGAUCUUUUUUCUUUUUGCUCAACAUCUUUUAUGUCCAUUUCAAAAAACUUUUCUUUGUGGAUUUUACUGAGAAGCGUUGAUUACCUGAUUCCAUCCAUGAUUUCUUCAUGCUCUGGACAGAGUUAUUUUUCCCUGUUAAAUUUUUGACCUGGGGUGCAUCUAUUUAAUGCAUUACUGUGAGGCCCUAAGCUACUCUACAUAAUAAUGUAUUGUCAUAUAUACCAAAAUGAUGGGAAUCGGUAGAAGAAUCUGAUUAUGCCAAAUUCAAGGAUCUAUAUUCUGAUUGCAUUUCAUUGUAUUUUCCCUCGGACAAAAACAAAUUAAAAACCUUUUUUUUGGGCCAUCAUUUUUUCAGCUGUACGAGUCUUUAUAAUCCAUUGGAAUCAGCACAGAAUUGUAGUGAUGUCACCCUAACAUACAUUUAUGGAAGAAUUUCACAAGUUUAGUGGAAUAUUUUUCACUGAAGGGCUUUUUUAUUUAUAUAACCAAUUUUCGAAAAA